AUGGACUCAUGGGGAAAAUUCGAGGAAAGAAAAUUACCUCCAAUCAAUGCAUUUUUUUCAAGUUUGUCACAAAAAACUAUUGACCAACAAACCUAUGACAGAUUAAAUGGAAUAUGGAACCAUUUUGAAUGCGAAAAUCUAGGUGAUUUUCAUGAUAUUUAUCUAAAAGUGGAUGUUUUACUACUAACAGCAAUUUUUCAAAACUUUCGUGCUACAAGUUUAAAACAAUUUGGAUUGGAUCCAUGUCAUUAUUUUUCAACACCUGGUUUAACAUGGGAUGCAGCUUUGAAGUUUACUGGAAUGAAAUUAGAUCUUUUAACCGACAUUGAUAUGAUUUUGAUGAUUGAAAAUGCAAUAAGAGGAGGAAUAUCAUGCGUGAUGUCAAGAUAUGCAAAAGCUAAUAAUGAAUUCACUGAGGAAUAUAAUUCAGAAGAGCCUACAUCAUUCAUUGCUUAUCUUGAUGUUAAUAAUCUUUAUGGUUAUGCACUGAGUGACAUUUUACCAUGCCGAAAUUUUGCAUGGGUUCCACAAAACAUGGUUGAUGGAGUGAUUGAUGAAAUUUUAAACACUAAUCAGGAAAGAAAAACAGGAUAUAUCCUAGAAGUAGAUUUAGAUUAUCCUGAAUCAUUACAUGAUGAACAUAAUGAUUAUCCACUUGCCCCUGAGAAAAUUAUUGUAGAUAAUGAUCAACUAAGUAAUUUUCAAAAGGAAAUCGUCAUCAUGUUGGAAGAAAAUGGAGUGAAGCGCUAUAAAACCAAAAAACUUGUUCCGAAUUUAAUGAAUAAGAAAAAAUAUGUCCUUCACGAGCGUAACUUAAAAUUCUACAUUGAAAAAGGGUUGAUUCUUAAAAAAGUACAUCGGAUCAUCAAAUUCGAACAAGAACCUUGGUUGCGUUCUUAUAUUCAAAUGUGCACUGAAAAUAGAAAAAGGGCUACAUCAUCAUUUGAAAAAGAUUUCUGGAAGUUAAUGGUGAAUUCUUUAUAUGGAAAAAGUAUUGAAGAUAAAAGAAAACAUAGUAAAGUCAAAGUUGCUACAAAUGGUAGACAAGCUCUACAACAAAUAAGGAAACCAAUGUUUGAACAAUUUUACAUACUGGACAAUGAUAUUGCAAUAAUCAAAUUGAAAAAGUUUGAAGUUAUCCUCGAUAAACCCAUUUAUUUAGGUUUCACUGUCUUGGAAUUAUCAAAGUUACAUAUGUAUAAAUUACAUUAUGAUCAUUUCAAACCUAAAUAUGAAUCAAAAUUAUCUCUCACCUACACUGAUACAGAUAGCUUCAUUUACAAAAUAGAAACAGUCGACUUAUUCAAAGAUUUAGAAGAUUUCGAUUAUUUGAUGGAUUUUUCUGACUAUCCACAAAAUCACUUUUUGCACACGACCAAUAAUAAGAAGAAACUUGGAUACCUUAAAGAUGAAAUGAAUGGCCAAAUCAUUGAUGAAGUAGUUGCUAUAAAGUCUAAACUUUACGCUAUCAAGUAUGGUUCAAAUAAGAAAUUAACAGCUAAAGGCGUUCAAAAGGCAGUCGUUAAAAGUAGUAUUUCAAUUGAAAAUUACAAGGAUUGUCUAUUUUCAAAUAUGACAAAAUACAACAUCAGGGUUAGAAUGGCACAGAUCAGUGCCAAAAAGGCAGGCAGACAACGUAUUCGCUUGCUAGUUAAGAUGAAACCAUUCGACUACGAAGAAACCUGGAAAAUGAUAAAAACAAACUGGUUGGAUGGUUGGGACCCUAAAUGGUAUCCAGGUAAAAAACCAGCCAAUCAAAUCAAACUACCGAUAGUCAAUGGACGGAUUGAUUUUGGGGAUUGGAACGACGUAUAUGAUGAGUAUUAUGUUGAUGAAAAGGAUAAAGACCAAGCAGCGGUUGCAAAGGAUAAGGAUGAUGCUCAGUUAGCUGACACGAAAUGGGAUUUGUCAGCAUUCGAUGAAAUUCUCGAAUCACCUGAUCAAAAUAUGGAGGAUAUCUCCGAAAUGUUUGACAAUGUUUUGUGCUUGCAAUAA